AUGGCCCUUUCAUCUGUUGACCACCAGAUGAAGGCACAGAAGGAGGUUUUGGUGCCAAUUCUUUGGGCAGCAUGGAAAGAUCUGGUCGCAGAGCGCCGGCGGGACGAGACCAUGGAUAUCUCCCGGCGUGCGGUCGAGGACGAUGCUCGCAAGGCGCAGCAGGAGGACAGGACGCUUGCACAAGAGGCAGCAAAGCUUCGAGCGACUUAUCGACAUUCCCAGCAGCAGCGGCAGGCUGUGUUCUUGUGGUCCAUUGAGCGUCGAGAUCAGUCCAUGCUCCUGAGAGUGGCCUGGAGCGCAUGGCGCGAGUGUCUCGACGAUCGGAGGAAAACAGAGGUGGAACACGUGCAGACCUUGAAGCAGAGGCUGCACGGCACGGACUUCGCGGCGAAGAUCGCUGCGGUCGCUUCCGAGCAGACACCUACAGGGGCCACAGCUGGACCAACGCGCCCAGGC